GGUGGUGGUGAGUUGCCACGAGUGAGUGAAACACCACCGUCAUCGUCGUCGUCGUCGUCGUCGUCGUCGUCGUCGUCGUCGUGACCGUCGUCGUCGUCGUCGCCGUCGCCGCCGGUGGUGGUAGUAGUGGUGCCGGUGUCGUCGCCGGUGGUGUUGUCCAUAGUAGUGGUAGUAAUAGUAAUAGCAACAGCAACAGCAGCAGCAGCAGCAGCAGCAGCGAUAGUAGUAGUAGUAGUAACGGCGGGAGUAGCAGCAGUGGGAGGCGGCACCACCACCGGAACGUGAGAGACGGAGAGAGAAGGAAGACCACACGGGGACCACGAGGACGGCGACGAGGAGGCGCGUCAUCACCGUCGUCGUCGUCGUCGUCGUCGGCACCGGUCGGGGCAACACCUCGCCUCCCGCCACCGAGUCGCAGCCGUCCUCCGCGGCGACCAGGACGAACGUCGACUUGAAUCUUAAUAGCACGCUCGUCGUCGUCAUCGUCGUCGUUGUCGUCGUCGUCGUCGUCGUCGUCGUCGUCGGGAGCGCCGUGCGCCGCAAAAGCGAGAGACAGAGACGGAGACAGAGAGAGGAGCAGCAGCCGCAACGAAGGUCGCCGCCGGUCGGCGAGCAGCGCUCGCUGUCACUGUCGUCGCGAAUCGCUCGUCGUCGUGCACCCUUCUCUCUCUCUCUCUCUCCCCUGCUCUCCUCCUUCUCCUGCCCUUUCCGUGCGUGUCACCUCCUUUAUCCUCCUCCGCCUCCUCCACCUCCUCCGUCAAAGGAGGAUUCCGCCGUUCUGAGCCAUGGCGUGCUGCUUGUCGGAAGAGGCGAAGGAACAGAAACGCAUCAAUCAGGAAAUCGAACGGCAGCUACGGAGGGACAAGCGGGAUGCCAGGCGGGAACUCAAGCUGCUCCUACUCGGUACUGGCGAGUCUGGCAAGUCCACCUUCAUUAAGCAGAUGAGGAUUAUCCACGGCUCCGGCUAUUCGGACGAGGAUAAGAGAGGGUUUAUCAAACUUGUAUACCAAAACAUUUUCAUGGCGAUGCAGUCCAUGAUCCGGGCGAUGGACCUCCUGAAGAUCCAGUACGGCGAUUCCUCGAAUAUAGAAAAAGCGGAACUGGUGCGGAGCGUCGACUUCGAAACGGUAACGACGUUUGAGAGCCCGUACGUGGAGGCGAUCAAGGACCUGUGGGCGGACGCGGGUAUACAGGAGUGCUACGACCGUAGACGGGAAUACCAGCUCACGGACUCCGCCAAGUAUUACCUAAUGGAGAUAGAUCGAGUCGCGGCAUCAAACUACCUCCCCACAGAACAGGACAUUCUUCGUGUGAGAGUGCCCACCACUGGUAUAAUUGAAUAUCCCUUUGACUUGGAAGAGAUCCGAUUUAGUUAUCUUAGUGAUCUAGAGCGUAUCGAAAAGCCUGAUUUCCUUCCGACCGAGCAAGACAUCCUCCGGGCACGAGCUCCCACCACCGGAAUUAUAGAAUAUCCAUUUGAUCUGGACUCCAUCAUAUUUAGGAUGGUAGACGUCGGUGGCCAGAGGUCGGAAAGAAGAAAGUGGAUCCAUUGUUUCGAAAACGUCACUUCAAUUAUAUUUUUAGUAGCUCUAAGUGAAUAUGAUCAAAUUCUAUUUGAAUCGGAGAACGAGAAUCGAAUGGAAGAAAGUAAAGCAUUGUUCAAAACGAUUAUAACAUAUCCCUGGUUUCAACACUCUUCUGUUAUCCUGUUUCUCAAUAAAAAAGAUCUGCUAGAAGAAAAGAUUAUGUACUCUCAUCUCGUCGACUACUUUCCGGAAUAUGAUGGUCGGCAGAGAGAUGCUAUACAAGCUAGGGAAUUCAUUCUGAGGAUGUUUGUUGACUUGAAUCCGGACAGCGAGAAAAUUAUUUAUUCCCACUUUACGUGUGCCACAGAUACGGAGAACAUCAGAUUCGUAUUCGCGGCAGUAAAGGACACCAUUCUCCAGUCCAAUCUGAAGGAGUACAAUUUGGUUUAGAUGGCGAAACGCGCUGCAAAUCCAAGCGGACUCGACCAGUUUCUCUCGCACCCUGACCAAUGUAUCAGUGCGAGAUUACUACUCCGUUGACUCGCGAGCGUGAUCCGUGGAAACGACGUGAGGAACGACGAAGAGGCAGACAGAAACUCAUGGUGUCGUCGUAUACGCACGCAUGUAUCGAUACGUGCACCACAUUGAGCUUCGCCGCAUCGAGAGUGUUAUACCAGUACGAGUAGCUAAAACGCGUAAUUAUGAAGGACAUGAAAGCGAGGAGCGAUACAAGAAGACGAACAUGGACCUAAAAGCGUCACGACCGUUACGCGUUGGUUUUUUUAGCGGAGGAAAAGGGAAUAUGUGAGAAAAGAGCGAAAUCUCUUCACUGUCGAUACCAACUCGCGCGAGUCGAUUCGUUUCUCUCGUACAUCGGUUCCCGUUUUGGGAUUUGUUACCUUUCUUUUGUAGAUUAGUUCUUAGUCGAUAUCGCGGGCGAAUGCGUCCACCUUCCCGGGCUAUGGAUGCGUCAAUACCCGAGGAUUCCGGGCAUCGUUGUCUGACUUUUAUAUAUACAUAUAUAUUUAUAUAUAUUUAUAUAUAUAUGUAUAUGUGAACGAACGAUGGAGUACCAUGUGUCUCACGCGCGUGAGCGUGGCGCACAGCGCGGCUGUGCCGCGUGGAUUUUUAAACGGCGCGUCCGUCUGUGUUCGUCUCGAGUCCAAGAGAUCUCAGCGGAGGAGAAGAAACUGAAGAGGCGAAACAGCGAGGCGAGCGAACGAAAAAAUAAAAUAAAAUAAACCGGGCUUUUUAAUCGCGAAUUAGAUUCGAUGACACAAGUGAGAACAAUUCUAGUGCCAUUUACUAGUGUGGUGUUGUUUUUCUUUUUUCUUUCCUUUCUAUUUUCUUUUUAUACUUUUUCUUUUUUUCUCAAAUGUAUUAAACGCUGAAUUAUGAGGAACAUCCUUCGUUUUAGAGUUACGCGAAAGCCAAAGUGUUUUUGUUUCUUCCUUUUUAUCCGUGCCAGAAAUAACUCAAAGUUCUUUCUGCAUGUGACUCAAAUCCAUUAAAAAUUCAUCAUAUAAAUAUUGUUAUAUAUAAUAUAAAACAGAAUGAGAAAUAGUUUAGAGCGCGAGAGAGGGAGAGAGAGAAAGAGAGAGAAAGCGAGAAAGAGAAAGAGUGAAAGAUAAUAUCAGCGGGAGUGGCGGAGAGGGAGAGAGGCAAAAGAAAGAAAGUAAAAACGAGUGCGAGAGAGAGAGAAUGUGUAUGUGUGGGUGUGGGUGUAGGUGUAUGUAGGUUUGAAGGAAACUUCGCGUUUGCGGAAGCGAAAGAUACUGCGGAGGGAAUUGCGUCUGUUCGAUGUGACUUAGGUAAUUAAGGCGCGCGGGAGGAGCCCGCAGAUAUCUCUCUCUGCCGUCUCCUCUCUCUGCCGGCUUUGCGUGUCGGGUUGCACGAGGAGAACGUUCCUUGAACCGCGAACGAAUUCCUUCGGCAUAAGAGCUUCUGAUUUGCAAGAACAAAUUCUUCGACAAUGAAAGGUUUCAUCUUGUAGAGAUGAAUUCCUAAGGAAUGUAAGAUCCCGAUGAUAUUCUUGAGAAUAAGAAAAUCUCAAUUUGCGAAGACAAUUUCUUUGAAAACGAAAGAAUUUUUUAUAAAUAAGCGCUCUGCUUUUUCGAAGGUGAAUUUCUUAAGUAAUGAUGAAGGAGUUCGUCGCGGUUCUUCUUUCGUCAGAUCCUCGUCCUUCCACGCAAUGGCCACCGCGCGCAGCCAAGAUCAUGGGUCCCUUUUCUCUUGGAAGAGAGGAGCCUCAUGCCUCUCGCUCGCCCCCGUAUCCACAUUAUACAGUGUACGUACAUAUGAACUGCUCACUGCCUGCGCUUGGUCAUAUGCUGGCUAGCGCGCUGCCCGUUGCUCGUACUCUCCGAUGGUUCGAUAUCUUCUCGAAGCCGUGAUUUUCGCCGCCUUCCCUCCUUUCCUGAUGAUGGGUGAAAGCGGACGAAUGAAAAAUAAAAAAAGAAGUGAUUAAUGAAAAAAAUUAACGUUGAAUUUGAGUGAUUAAAGGAAAGCUCUGUAAAUUAAUGUAACAAAAUGACAAGAAACAUUCGAGAAAGGAAAAUGCGGAAGGAAGAGGCAAGAAAUGAGAUCGAAAUUAGCCGUUAAGAUUUCUUUUUCUAUUGGAAGAUGCGAUAAAAGAAACGGGAUAGCUAAUAAUACAAGGAACAAAUAAAAUUUUACAAAUACGCGUGUCACUGUCUGUGCAAGAGAACGAAAAAUUCCUCUUUUUCGCUCGAUUUUAAAAUCAAAUCCAUCUUCCUAGUAUAUCAUGAAAAGAGAACUACGACGACGCGCGGAAGCUACAAGGAGGAAUGACAAGCCAAACCUUGCCAGGUUUUUCAUGGAUGGAAACGCGAGGGUUUGAAAGAUAAAACUCUGCUCACAUACGAGUAAAUACGAGUUGUUACAAGAUGAUUUGACCCAAGUUGAAAGCGAUUUUACUAGACGUAAUCGCGAGGGAUAGCGAUAGCGGGAGCUGCGCGCCAACCCGGAGAGUACAUCGCGCUGAUAGAGACGAUCCUCUCUACGUGACAAUCGGCCGAGGUCCGGGAGGUUUCCUGUUCGGACACCGAUACGUGUAACGGCCCGAACGUCGCCGGACCUCGCCGGUGUCGCGCACGCACAUACACCGGGCAGUAUGUGUCAUAUACCUUAGUUGUGUCACACCCACCUUGGUUGAAUCACUGAGUUUAUAUGAAAAAAAAGUAUAUAUAUAUAAAUACAUUGGAUAAUAUAUUAUAUAUUAAGCGGAUACCAACAAAUAAUAUUGAAUAAUACCACUAAUAAUUAUAAUAAUAAUGAUUAUAAUAAUUAUAAUGAUAAAAUAAUAAUAGUAAUAAUAAUUAAUAAUAGUAAUACUGCUUGGUUUUCAUUGAGAACGCGUGAUUAAACGGAUGAUGGCAGAGAGGGAGGGAGAGAUAACGCGUGUGCAGACAUGAAGUGCAAAAUGAUGCUAGUGAGAAAUAUGAAUGAGUGAAUGAGAGAAAAAGAAUGCGUGUGUGUAUGUGUGUAUAUGCAUAUGUGCGUUAUUGUGGGUGCGUCUUUGUGCACAUGUAUGCGUAUUUUGUGCAAUUGCGUGAGCGUAUGCUCGCGUGUAAGAAAAAAAAUGGAGAGAGGGGUUGGCGAGAAAAGAGAGAGGAGAAGCAAGAGACGGACAGUAGACGAGGGAGUGACUUUCAUUGUGCGUGCGUGAGAGAUACUUUAUUGAGAAAUAAACAAAUGAAGAUCGGUUGCAACACUACUAGGCUUUGUACAACCCUAAUCGAGAAAUCGACGAGUAAACGACGUGCAAGAGUCACCAAGGGGCUGUUAGGUUCAUUUGUAAAUCAUCUCUCCUUCGUCAGGAGGCGUACACCACCCUUCUGGGAGCGUUAAAUAUGUUGGGUAUUCUUUCUCUGUGUAUAAAAUUGUAAACACCUAUCAAGCCCAAAAUCAAUGUUUCUAACUUAUUUAUAAUAAAUAAUAUACAUUAAUGAUAAAAAUAAACACAGUUUGUGACAGUA